GUUUUUUUUUCUGUUAUUACUAAACAACAAUGACAAUUAUUGAUACAAAUUGUGUAUCAAAUGAUGCACCUAUGUUUGUUAAACCAAAACCUAUUGUUCACGAUCAAAAAGUAACCAUUCAUCACUGGCAAUUAAGAGACUUGAUAUUAACAGAUGAUGAACAUCAUAAAAAUCAAUUAAUUUUUCCUACUGGACAAGAUAUAUUCAGAGUAAGUGGAUCUUAUUUAUAUGAAAUAUGAUUUUUUGGAAUUUUGAAAAUAUAAAAUAGUAUAAUUAUAAAACGGGACAAAGAAGCUAUUUUUUGAAAGAUAUUGGGUAUUCACCCACAUGUAUGGCUGCAAAUUAUGGAUAUUGGGCAGCAGGAGGUCAACGAGGAGAUUUAACACUUAAAUGUACUAGUAGUGAUUAUCAAGUACGCAUCACAACAGCACCAGGAGGUACGAUUAAUAAUGGGUUAUGUUUUUCUCGUUUAAAUGGACAAAUUCGAUUGUUUGUAUCAAAUAAUGAUGCUUCUAUUCGAAUAUUUACUGUGCCAGAAUUAGAAUUGGUUGAUACAUUAGAUUUUAGAACGGCUGUGAAUCAUACUUCUAUUAGCCCUGAUGAUAGAAAGAUGAUUACAGUGGGAGAUGAUAAUCGUGUUCAAUUAUUUAAUAUAACUAAUGCUGGACAUUUUGAGUUAAUGUCUACUAUGGCAGUAUCUCGGGAUGCCAAUUUUUCAGUGGCGUGGAAUCAUAGCUCUGAUAAAUUUGCUGUAUCAAGUCAAGAUGGAUCAGUUCAUGUUUGGGAUAUUCGAAGUACUCAACCUUUAGCAAAAUUUUCGGGACUUCAUCCAUCUAUUACAAAGGGAGCCGCAAGAUGUGUCAAAUUUACACAGACAGGUGCAAUUGAUUUACUGGCUUUUACAGAGCACGUAUCACAUGUGCAUGUGAUUGAUGCACGUACAUUUGAUAGUCAACAGACUAUUCGAGUAGGGUCUCCAGGCCAUGAUACACCCAUUACCGGUUUAUGUUUUUCGAGUAAUAGUCAAAAGAUGUUUGUUGGUUUGGAGAAUGCAAUAUUAGAUUUUAACAUCGAUACAAGUUCACGUAGAAGAUUUGCUUAUGGAUCUUUACUUUAAAAUAAGCAUACUCUAAUUUAAUUAUUGUAUAUAGAUAUAUAGAUAUUUAUGUAUAUAUUUAUGUAUAUAUUUAUUACUAAAAUUAUUAUUUAAACAUACAUGUCU